GAAGGAUCCUGCUCUGUAUGCUAAGCUUGCCAAGGGCCAAUCCCCAGAGUUCUUGGUGUUUGCAUGCUCUGAUUCAAGAGUAUGCCCUUCACAUGUCCUUAAUUUCCAACCAGGGGAGGCUUUUAUUGUAAGAAAUAUUGCCAAUAUGGUCCCUCCUUUUGACAAGACAAAACAUUCGGGGACAGGAGCUGCAAUUGAAUAUGCGGUGCUACACCUAAAGGUGAUUAUAUCAUGA